GUGACUCGCGAUUGGCCAGCGGGAAGUCGGCUGAUGCUAAAGGUACUUGAGAAUGAAUGUUCACUCUCGAUCUUUGCGGUAAAAUCAUUCGACCACUUGUUGCUCUUUCGUAUUACACCAAAGAGGACGAAUUAUAUUUUAUUUUAUCGGUGUUUACAAUUUUUACAAAAUGACCAAACCAGUUGCAGAUAUAGCCCUUAUUGGCUUGGCUGUCAUGGGGCAAAAUUUAAUUCUAAACAUGAAUGAUCAUGGAUUUGUUGUUUGCGCAUACAAUCGUACCACGGAUAAAGUCAAAUCUUUCUUGCAAAAUGAAGCAAAAGGCACAAAAGUUAUUGGUGCAUUUUCAUUGAAAGAGAUGGUGGAGAAAUUGAAAUCACCAAGAAGAGUAAUGCUUUUAGUUAAAGCUGGUGCUGCUGUGGAUGCAUUUAUUGAACAAUUAGUGCCUUUACUAUCCCCUGGCGAUAUUAUAAUUGAUGGUGGUAAUUCUGAAUACCAAGAUACUGAAAGAAGAACUAAAGAUUUAGACAAGAAAGGAAUUUUAUUUGUUGGUAGUGGAGUUAGUGGAGGUGAAGAUGGUGCUAGAUAUGGACCAUCUUUGAUGCCAGGUGGAAAUCCAAAAGCUUGGCCACAUAUUAAACACAUCUUUCAGUCAAUAUCAGCAAAGUCUAAUGGAGAACCUUGUUGCGAUUGGGUUGGAGAAACAGGUGCUGGACACUUUGUAAAAAUGGUACAUAAUGGUAUUGAAUAUGGUGAUAUGCAACUUAUUUGUGAAGCAUAUCAUAUUUUGCGAAAUGGUUUGAAACUUAAUCCAGAAGAGAUGAGCAAAGUCUUUGAUGAAUGGAAUAAAGGAGAACUGGAUUCUUUCUUAAUUGAGAUCACUCGAGAUAUUCUUAAAUACAAGGAUGAGAAAGGUUUCUUGCUUGAGCGAAUUAGAGAUACGGCUGGUCAGAAAGGAACUGGAAAGUGGACAGCUAUUGCUGCCUUAGAUUAUGGAGUUCCUGUUACGCUAAUUGGUGAAUCAGUCUUUGCCAGAUGCCUUUCUGCUUUGCAGAGUGAGAGAAUAGAAGCUAGCUCUGUAUUGAAAGGUCCUGAUGCUGUAUUCCAAGGCGAUAAGAAACAGUUCUUAGUGCAUUUAAAAAAUGCUCUUUAUGCAUCCAAAAUUAUUUCUUAUGCACAAGGAUUCAUGUUGCUGCGAGAAGCUGCCAAACUUCACAAUUGGAAUUUGAAUUAUGGUGGUAUAGCUCUUAUGUGGAGAGGAGGAUGCAUUAUUAGAAGUGCCUUCCUGGGAAAUAUAAAACAAGCAUUUGACAAAAAUCCAAAACUUUCCAAUUUACUACUUGACGAAUUCUUUGCUAAUGCAAUGAAGGAAUGUCAAGCCAGUGCUAGAGUAGUAGUGUCUACAGCUGUAACACUUGGGAUACCAACUCCUGCUUUGUCAACUGCUUUAGCUUUCUAUGAUGGUUAUAGAACUGCUCGAUUGCCAGCAAAUUUACUUCAAGCUCAACGGGAUUAUUUUGGAGCUCACACUUAUGAAUUACUAGGCCAAGAAGGAAAAUUUGUACACACAAAUUGGACAGGGCACGGUGGUAAUGUCUCUGCUUCUACAUAUGAUGUAUAAGAGAUUAAGACAUUUUUUGUAAAAUUAUAUGAGAGAAUGCACGUAUGGUGUUAUAUUGAUGUUACUAUUAUGGUUAACAAAUAUUCCAAUACACCCUAUACAUUAUAAUGAUGUACACGUGGUUGUGAAAAUUGUUGGAAAAACAGUUCAUGCUGAACAAUGUACAAUUUUGUUUGAAAAUAUGUAUUAAAUGUAUUUUUGUACAUAUGAUUAUUCUAUUCUAAUAUAUGAGAAGGGAAAGUAAUA